CUGCCGGAGGCUCCGUCCCGCCCUCGGAAUUGUGCGCCCCGGGGACUCCGGCCGGGGCGCGCGCUCUCUCGCAAGUUCUCCGCGGUUGUUGUGGAUGGCUGGAGUGGAACUACUCAGCCAACCUUUGACAACUUAAGUGGGAAUAAAGGGUGGCAUUUCUGAGGAAAUGAAAAUGAACAAAUCAUCUCUGCUUUUCAAAAGAGAGACCAUGUUGAAUGUACAUAUGUGAAGACUGCAUCAUCCUGCCUCUAGUACCAGCAGUUUGUGUAUUCUCUGAUCAAUGUGAUUCACAGGAAGUUCUUAAGUACCAAACGAAAUGAGCCCGGGUCGUGGAAAAUAUGACUUUUAUAUCGGUCUGGGAUUGGCUAUGACCUCCAGCAUUUUCAUUGGAGGGAGUUUCAUUUUGAAAAAGAAAGGCCUUUUGCGACUUGCCAGAAAAGGUUCCAUGAGAGCAGGUCAAGGUGGACAUGCAUAUCUUAAAGAGUGGUUGUGGUGGGCUGGACUACUGUCAAUGGGAGCAGGUGAGGUGGCCAACUUCGCUGCGUAUGCGUUUGCACCAGCCACCCUGGUGACUCCGCUGGGAGCCCUCAGCGUCCUCGUAAGUGCCAUUCUUUCUUCAUAUUUUCUAAAUGAAAGACUUAAUCUUCAUGGGAAAAUUGGGUGCUUGCUAAGCAUUCUAGGGUCUACAGUAAUGGUCAUCCAUGCUCCAAAAGAAGAAGAGAUCGAGACCUUGAAUGAAAUGUCACAUAAGUUGGGUGAUCCAGGUUUUGUGGUCUUUGCAACUCUCGUGGUCAUUGUGUCCUUGAUACUGAUCUUCGUGGUGGGACCUCGCCAUGGACAGACAAACAUCCUCGUGUACAUCACAAUCUGCUCUGUGAUUGGAGCAUUUUCUGUCUCCUGUGUGAAGGGCCUGGGCAUCGCCAUCAAGGAACUGCUGGCUUCGAAGCCAGUGCUGCAGCAUCCCCUGGCCUGGAUCUUGCUGCUGAGCCUCGUGGUCUGUGUGAGCACACAGAUCAAUUAUUUAAACCGAGCCCUGGACAUUUUCAACACGUCCAUCGUGACCCCCAUCUACUACGUGUUCUUUACCACUUCGGUUCUAACGUGCUCAGCCAUCCUUUUUAAAGAGUGGCAGCACAUGCCUGCUGAUGAUGUCAUUGGGACCCUGAGUGGCUUCCUCACCAUCAUUGUGGGGAUAUUCUUGUUGCAUGCCUUUAAGGACGUCAGCUUUAGUCUUGCAAGUUUGCCCGUGUCUUUUCGAAAAGAUGAAAAAGCAGUGAAUGGCAAUCUCUCUAAUAUGUAUGAAGUUCUUAAUAAUAAUGAAGAAAGCUUACCCUGUGGAGUUGAACAACACACAGCUGAAAAUAUCUCCCGGAGAAAUGGAAAUCUCUCAGCUUUUUAAGAAAGAUACAACUAAAAGGCUAAUCUAGAAUUCGGUUAUAAAGUGAUUGAGUAUGAGAAUGUGUCUGAAAAAGCAUUGUCUUCAGUGCUUCUCUAAAGACAAUCUUUUUAAAAAGUUUCAUUCAUUUGGACCAAGAAAUUACUUUUCUUAUAUUUAAACAAUGGUAGUUUAAAUGAGGUCACUUAAAAUGACCCCAGUACAUGGCUGAUUUCUAUUAAUAUUGUAUUAUUGUAGAGGUAUUUUACAUUUUGAUUCUUUCUCCAAAAUCUAAAUGCACUAAUACAAUUUUAAGUCUAUAAAAAUGCUUUAUUUUUUCAUUGGUGAUGAAAGUCUGAAAUGUGUAUUUGUCAUCCCAGCCUGCCAGUCCCUGAGUAUUCAUGACUUCUUGAUUGUGAAAAAGAACAAAAUUAUCCCAAUACAUUAGCCUCUGGUUUACCUUACUUAUCA